UUACAAGUGUCAAAAACGAAAUUAUUUCAGAAAUCAAAAAAUAAUAAUUGCUAAAACUUGUUUUUAAUAAAGAGAGAGUAAAAAAUCGAAUAAAAAGUACAAAUGUAAGGAGGACUACAAACAACAGUUCAAAGCGAUCAGAUUUGUUUUUAAAAGCCGCUAAAUUUUUUUUUGAAAACAUAUCGCAUUGGCAGCAGCGAAGGAUAUGAACGUAUAAAACAACAACACUAGCAAGAGAAAAGUUAGCAACAAGCAAAGCCCGCAAUCGAUAGCAAAGAAAAUCACCCGUACUGGCAACAAUAAGAACAAGAAAAGCGCACGCACACACACACAUACAGAAACGCGUUAUUAAAAACCGCCUCAACAAAAACAACAACAACACAACACACAGCUGUUGGCUGUCGUAAGCCAUUAGUUGCAAUAUUGCAAAACUAAAAAUAAACUAAAUUAUGGAACGUCAUCGCACAUUGGACUCAUCGAUGUCAUCACUCUACUCCGGCUCGAAUAUCUCGAAUACACCCUCCGCACAUCGGCAGCAACAUGACAAUUACAAUUACCCCACCCUAUCGUCAUCGGUUUCACCAACGCCCAGCGCCGGCGGCGGUGGCGGCGGCGGCAUCGGCAGUGGUAGUGUUGGUGGUCCUGGUCUUGGCUUAUUGACCGGCGCUUCCAGCACCAAUGCCAUAGCGACUAUUGGCGGCAGCAACACAACAAAUGCAACAAUUGGACAUGCAUCGGAUAUGAGCUUGUGCAGUGGUGAAGGCGGUGGAGGUGGUGGUGGCAGCGCGAGUGCCGGCAUUGGAUUGCGUGCCACCACAAUCGGUUCAGUGGUGGUGCGUUGUGGACCCAUACAGCUGGUGAUCGCGUUACUGCAAAGUCCGGACAAAUUAUAUAUUAAGGUAGUAGAAUUAGAGCCAAAGAUCACAACACUAGGCACGAAUCUUGAUGAGUCCGUACGCUUGCAGAGGGAUCACGAUGAGACUCUUAGAAAUAUACAGAACCUACCCGGCCCAAUGGACGAAUUCGUGCAAAAAGCGGACAAACUGCUCGCUAGCAAGCGCAUCAGUUCGGAACUAGUCAAUGCCAUGGCCGAUACGCUAAAUAUUAUUUGGCAAGAUAUCCUGCACCUCCUGCACGACCGUCAACAUAUACUCCACCUUGCCACACAAUUUCACGAAAAGAUGGUGCAGUGUCAGCGUCGCAUGGAUCAGUUGGAAGUCGCCUGCAUCGACACAAUGCUGCCUAUCGAAGUGGCGGCUGUGCAAGAGUUCCUGAACAAAUUCAAACAGCUGCGCAUCGAUAUGCUCACCGCGGUUAUGGCAGCGCUCAAAGAUGGCAAUGAGCUGUUGUCACAGCUAAAAGAACUCGUCGACCUCGAAUCGUUAGACACGCGGCCCGAACAUAUCAAACGAGAUGCCACACGCGCCGUUCAUCAAGUGCAACAGUGGCUGGAAGCGUUACACGAUAGACGCAAUGCGCUGGAGAGCGCGUGGCAGACGCGCAAAACACAGCUAGAACACUGCCUUACAUUAGCGCUGCUCGGCCGUGAGCUAGACGAGGUAGAGACGGCAUUACGACAGCAGCGCAACGAAAUCGACAGCCUCUUUAGUUUGGGCGAGUGCGAGCAUACGGCGAAUAAUGCGCUGCACAACUAUCGCGAAUGGAAACAAGUGGCGCUACAACUGCGAGAUCGCGCACUCAAAAUCACACGCGCCAAAGAGAAACUGCAGGCGUCGGGUACUUUUACUGGUGAUGAGGCUUGUGCGCGCGCAUACAAUGUCUUGAGUGCGUGCACGGAACACCUGGACCUGGUAGAUCAACGUGAACAUUGGCUGCAGCAAUCGCGUGAUUUCUUCGCCAAAGCCGAGAAUACGUUGAGCGUGUUGGAGAAACUUGAAGUGGAGUUGGCGAAUGUGCGACUGCCACCAAAUUCGCCAGAAAGUUUUGCAAUGUACGCCAAGGUGGCGCGUGAUGUACGCAGCUUCACCGAGGAGCCACUGCGACUCGGCUAUAGUAUACUGGACGAGGUGGGGCGCACGCAACCGGAGACGCAAGGUGUGAAGCGAGUGCUUGACGAGAUCGAAAACCGUAAAACCUAUAUCGAAAGCGUAUGUUCGACGAGCAACGAGGAUCAUCAGCGUGUACAGAGAGCGCUUUCGGACUUUCUCGCCCAAUACAAUGAUUUACUCAAUUGGUUGAUGUCUUCGGGGCAAUUGUAUUUGCAGCAGCAUGUCGAUAUGGGUAGCACGCUACAACAGAGCAAACAAUUUUUGCUGCAGCACCACGAGCUCAUGCAGGAUCUGGAGAUCAAGGGGGAACUAAUAAAUCUUCUGCUCGAAUCCAUUAAGGCGCAUCUAGAAUCGUUGAGUCCGCAGCAACGUUACGAUGUAGACUCGAAGGCUGAGGCGCUUCACAAGCAUUGGAUUGAGCUUAAAGAUUUGGUGCUGAAACGUGUCGAUUGCGUUUCAUUGCUAAUUGAAUUUUUCGAGAAAGCGAAUGAGCUCGCUAGUCAGCUGGAUAAUUUGGAUAAACAGCUAAAACAGACGCCAGACGAGCAGAAGCUACAGUUCCUGCAGGAAAAUUGGAAACAUAUACGUGACGAUUAUGCUGAUUUAAAGAGUUUUGGAAUGCGAUUUGUCAACAUGAAAAUUGUGGAUCCGUAUCUCGAGACGAAAUCCUCAGUGCAGGCAGUCGAAGAUAUCCUCAACGGUUUCAGUAAGCGUCAAGUCGAUGUAACAACCAGUCUAGACAAUUGGACUACGCAAAUUGCGGAGAAACGUGAAGUUGAAAUCAUACUGGAGAAAAUCAUGAGUGACAAUGAGGAGACUGCCACGAAGACAACCCAAGUGGAUACACAACUGUAUCCGGUUUUCACUUCAUCAUCCGUUGAUGCGCGCCAACUGCAUGCAAUCACCAACGAAAAGCUGAUGCAUGUCCUGCAGGACAUCGACAAGGCACAAGAUGAGCUACAACAUCGCAUACAUACCACGCUCGGCAUACAAACGAAGAAUUCCGAAUCAUUGCAGAAAAUCGAACAGGUCAUUAGUAAUUUGCGUUCAUUGAAAUCCAAAUUGGAAGGCAUACGCUACGAUUAUAAAACGUUGCUGGAGAAUAUCCUGAAAUUCUUGACAGAGAUCAGCGAACUGCGCCGCAACAUCGAUGACUUUUUCGCCAAACAACAGCAGCAGCAACUGCAACUGCAACAGCAACAGCAACAAUUUGGUGGCGGCGGUGAGGUGGCGGACAUUGAACGCACCAUAAUCGAACACGAGAAAUUCCGUGAUGCUUGCAUGGAUAAAUUUAGAUCGUUAAUCACACAAUCCGAGCUGCUGAUCGAUCGAGUGCGUGCACUGGAACCGCCGGGUGCACGCGAAAUCGACACCGAUCGCAUUCUCAAGUUGCUGGAGAAUUUGCGCAUUCAUUUCGAGGCGAGCAACAGUGAGAGAAUGUCGCAUCUGGAGCGACUCGGCAAGCUGGAACAAUUCAAAACGGAUCUGGGCGAUAUCAAUCGCAGUCUGGAUAGUGUCAGCAAACAAUUGAACGAGAUCAAUGGACAAAGUGUUGACAGCUUGGCGGCUGCGAAGACCACUUCGUUGGCGUUCGAGUAUUUUGAGCGAACCAUUGAGCUGCUAGAGAAGCGCAUAGAUAAGUUUACCGACAAUACAACACAACAGUUGUUGAUUACUAAUCCAGAAAGCGAGUCAUAUGUGCGAGUGGAACUACAAAAACUCAACGAGAAAUGGCACAAUUUCAAGGAUCAGGUGAAAAACAAACGCAAAUCCCUGGACCAGGCGACCGAAUUUUUCGAAAUGGUAGAAAAAAUCGACGCCGAAUACCGCGAGAUCAACUACUUUUACAACAGCGUAUCCAACAAGAUCACCUACCUACGUGAUCCUGUCGAAGCCUCGAAUCUAGUCAACGAUAUUGAAAAGUAUGUGGCCACGCGUGAGGGUCCACUGCUUGAAAAACUUGAAAACGCCGCUCAGUGCGCGCACGAUAUGAACAAAGUGUCUACGCUCUACAAUGAUGUACGCAGCAUCUUUCAGGCUUUUCUGAAACUCAAGUCCGACAUAAAUGUCGUGCAGGAGCGAAUGAAGAAUGAGGAACGCCUACGCGAACAACGUGAUAGGGAGGCACGUGAGCAGGCGGAGCGUGAACGCGCUGUUCGCGAAGCAGAAGCAAAGGAACGUGCUGCCCGUGAGGCGGAAGAACGGGAGCGUAUCGCACGAGAGUUAGCUGCGCGUGAGCAGGCGUUACGCGAAGAAGAGGCGCGUCUACAAGCAAUUCGCGAGCAGGCAGCGCGCGAGCAAGCAGCACGUGAAAGGGCUGCACGUGAUGAAGAAGCGCGCUUACAGGCAUUGCGUGAGCAAGCACAACGCGACGAAGAAGCGCGUCUGCACGCAUUGCGAGAGCAGGCUCGUCGUGAGGAAGAGACACGACUUGAAACAUUGCGUAUUGAGGAAACUCGUCUGCAACUGUUGCGCGAACAAACUAAGCGUGAAGAGGAGGCGCGGCUAAAAGCAAUACGUGAACAGGCAGCGCGAGACGAAGAAGCCCGGCUGCAGGCGCUACGUGAACAAACAGCACGCGAGGAGGAAGCACGCUUGCAAGCGCUGCGCGAACAAGCAAAACGCGAAGAAGAGAGUCGCUUGUUGGCGCUGCGGGAGCAGGUCACACGUGAAGAGGAGGCUCGCCUACAAGCGCUACGUGAACAAACGAAACGUGAGGAAGCUGUACGCUUGCAAAGUGUGCGCGAUCAAAUCGAUCAUCAACGCAUUGUUACCGAGAAUAUACGCAAAGAUAUACAGGUGAACGAAAUCUUUACAGAAAUCAAAUAUGUGUCACCACGUUUCAACCGGCUACUCAAAGAUGCAAUCACGCGUGAGGGUGACAAGUUCACAUUCGAAUGUGAGGUCACAGGAAAUCCCGAACCGGCUGUCGAGUGGUUCAAAGAUGGCAUAUCCAUACAAAAUAAUCCCGAUUAUAAAACCACCUACGAUCGUGGUGUUUGUCGAUUGGUGAUCGAAGAGACUUUCACUGCCGACUCGGCGCGUUUCAGUUGUCGCGCUUCAAAUUUGGUGGGCAGCAAUGAGACUAGCGCUAAUUUAUCGGUGCGUGAAAAUGCCAUUGAAAUGCAAAUGGUGCCGUCCAGAAUAGUGCGUUAUCUUGAAAGUGGUAGGGCAACCGAGGGUAGCACAUUCGAAUUUUUGUGCGUUGUUAGUGGUAAUCCAUUGCCCACCGUGCAGUGGUAUAAAAACGACAAGUGUAUUGAUGAUUCACCCGAUUACGUUAUCAAUUACAAUAAUGGGGAGGCAACUUUACGUUUCGAGGAGGUUUUCCUCGAAGAUGAUGCUGUCUAUACGUGCAGCGCUUCGAAUCCUGCCGGAAUUGAGCAUUGUUCAGCCAGCUUGAUUGUAGAACCUCUGGAGCCGACAGAAGUGCCUCAUUUCAAAAUACCGCUUACCAAUGCAAUGGCUCGUGUUGGUCAAAAAGUUAAACUUGAAGCGCUUAUCGGUGGUAUACCACGGCCGGAUAUAUUCUGGAUGCACAAUGGAAAGCCAUAUGUACCACGAGAUAGCAAAUACGAGUACGGCCGCGCAACGCUCAUAAUCCCGCAAGCUUACCCCAACGACGCCGGAGUGUACGUAUUGACAGCUAAAAAUUUAGCAGGCGAGGCAUAUAGUUCGUGCAACGUCAUCGUUAAAGGACGUCUCCCGAACGAGACAUCGGACUCAGAGUUGGCUUCCGAUAUGGAACCGAUCAAACCAUCGGUACAAUUGCCGCUUAAAGAUGUAUCGAUAUUCGAAGGUAAACCGGUGCGUCUUGAUUGUGUUAUUGUCGGUCAACCGGAACCCGAAGUCAUCUGGUACCACAAUGAGCGCCCAGUCAAGGAAUCAGCUGAUGUGCAGCUACUCUUUCAAGGUGAUCGGUGUUCGUUGAUCAUACAGGAAGUGUAUCAGGAAGAUGCGGGUAACUAUAAGGUGGUCGCCAUCAAUUCGGCAGGUGAGGCAUCGAGCAGUUGUGAGCUAAAAGUCACCCCGCUGAAUAUUGCCGAGCCUGCGACGCGUGCACAGUCCGAACGUCAGUCGGUGCCAAAGGAAACACUACCGAAAUUCGAGAAAUUCCUUACCGAUGUGCUGGCGGAUGAGGGUGAAACGGUUGAAAUGGAAGUGAUUGUUAGUGGCGAUCAACCCUUCACUGCCAAAUGGUAUCUGGCGAACAAAGAGUUGAACGAGAACGAACGUAUAUCGACGAUCGCCAAUCCUGCCGCGGGUGUGUUCAAAUUGAUUCUACGAAAUGUGGUUGCCGACGAUAGGGGCGUGUACACGGUUAAAGUUUCGAACAAUGGAGGCGAUGCUAAGUGCUUCUCGCAACUAAACGUUAAAAGUGUAAAUGCGCCGGAUCAUCAACGCAGCCAGCAAGUGGAACCUGUAGAGAAUUUAACUUGCCCUGAAUUCAAAGAAAUCUUCUCGGACAAGCAGGCACACGCUGACGAUAUGGUGAAGUUUGAGUGCAUUGUGAAGGGCAAACCGACACCCAAAGUGCAUUGGUGUUUCAACGAUCAACCCGUGCAUGGACACAAUUUCCUAGUGUCGACAAGCGGCGACAGACAAGUGCUCACCAUACAAAAGGCCAACAUUGAUACAGUGGGAAAAAUUAGCUGCAUAGCCGAGAACGAAAUAGGAAAAGCCACAUGUGCAGCUUUCUUGAGCCUCCUGGGACCAGGCAUGCAGCCGAUACCUGCCACCAGCGAUCUACAGACCACCACACAGGAACACAAUACCGAGUCGUCGCGUGUUACCAUGAAGAAGCAAACCUUCACUACCACUUCAACGUCACAAAUUAGCUCUUUUGAAGGCAAUAUCCCACAAACCGAGAUACAUCAUUCCUCGGCGCAUAUCGACCAAUCGCUAAAACAGCUGGGCGCACAACGACCCGAAGUUGUCGAAACCCAUCACUAUCAGGAGUUGCACAAAAGCAAAGACAUGUCCGCACCAAAUGUACAACAAAAAUUGUUCACUCUGGUGCAGUCGGCAGGCAACGGACUGGGUCAGCCUGCGAUCACCAGCAACACUGGCGUAGUGGUGCCUGAAUCGCCCACGCGCCAACGCAAACAAAUUGCGCCGCGUUUCACCACCCCGUUGACGGGUAGAAUUGUGGAUCAGGGCACAGAUGUGGCAAUGGAAGCGAUCUAUGACGGCUUCCCCUCGCCCGAAAUCAAAGUGGAAAAGAAUGGCGAACAACUGUUCGACAAUCAGCGAUUAAAGAUUGAAAAUCGCUGCAAUCGUGUCAGUAUCGUGCUGAAGGAAGUGGGUGUGGCAGAUGCGGGACGUUAUGCAGUCACCGCCACAAAUACGAUGGGACAAUCAACGAGCACUGCCGAUUUGGUUGUGAAGAAAACUAUUUUCCCACCCGUUUUCGGUCGGCGUUUGCAAGCACAAGUUGUAAAACGAGGCGAAAAGAUUAUAAUGGAAGUUGAGGUAACCGGUUUGCCAGAACCAACAGUUGUAUGGAUGAAGGACGAUAAACCAAUACAAGAAGCGGGUGUAUCACAGCACCGUCUGCUUUCACAAGGCAACUCCUACAAGCUGAUCAUUGAGAAGGGAGAAUCCAGUGACUCAGGCAAAUAUAUGGUAAAGGCCACCAACGCCGGUGGUGAAGCGAAGAGCAUUGCCGAUUGUGCGAUACUCGAACCAACACCAGAACGAUUGCAGGAAGUUGUCAAGACUAUCGUUUAUGAAACGCCAACUAAUUUAAAAACUGAAACCUUUGCAAAAGAGCCACCGUCCUUCCAAACGACACAAACCGAUAUUUCAACCUCAUCCGAUUUGCAUGGCUUAUCUGAGUCGAAAAUAAUAACUGAGCAUCGUUGCACCACCGAGGCAACAAUGCGUCUAGAACACAAGCAAGCUUACUUAGAUCUGCCCGAAUUGAGCGAACGUCCGAAGACGCCAAUAACUGCCACCAGCAUCAGCACGAACACGGAUCUGCCCGAUUGGCAACACCUGAAAUCGGUAUCGACCAACACAGACAUCGCACGCUCUAAAACUGGCGCCACGCAAACACCGCCGCAAGUUCCACCCAAACCUUAUUCAGCCUCUAACACCACUGCCCAACCACCACCUCUACAAUCCACACAACCACCCCAACAGCCACAUUUCCAACCCACGCUAAGCACAGAACUCGACGGUAUCAGAGGCGACGCUGCGACUUUGGCGUCUUCCACAACGACCUCAACAUCGAAAUACGAAAGCUCAACAAGCGAGAAAAAGUCCUCAUCUUUCGAGUUCUUCAAGAAAAUUGAAAGUCAGGGUGGCACUUUGCCCACGCCACCUGGAGAAAAACAACAGCGUCAAGAGGUAUAUGCAACGAACAAGCGAACCACACCGUUUGUAAUCUCGCAGCCAACCGGACCGCCACAGGCAGCCUCACUAGCACACACGCUCGAGGAAGAUCUCAAAAAUUUAAAUCUUGUACCCGGCUCACCACCAGAAAUUUGCUAUGUACCCAAGUUAGACGCAGCUGGCGCCAAGCCUCAAGUGUUCAGUGAGCGCAUUAAAAUAUUGGAAGCUUCACAACAAUCUCCCAAAGAAGCUCCGCCAGGUGGAAUACGUACUUUACCGCUUGCACCCGUUAGCCAAACAUUCAAACAUGAAACCACCGUAUCGAAGGAGGUAAAAGUUGAAUAUGGACAACCGAUUAUGCGUCCAGCAGCUACACUGCCAGCACCACAGCAAUUUAAGCGUUCGCCCUCACCUAAACCCUCAGCGGAGGGUGUGGCAAUGUCAAAGCUUUGGACACCAAAUCAUUUGAGCGGUUACGAGAGUUGUACAAGCGACAUAGAACAAUCCUAUAAAGUAGAAUCGGAGACACAAGCAAAGGCAGAAAAGCAUGAAAUUCAACUACAAAAGGUACCAACGCCGGCUCCGGACCUAAGCGCCCCGUUCCUCGUGAAGGAGGUGAGCAAAUCCAUUACGAUACCGCCAUCAACGCAACGUGAAAAAACGCCUCUAGACGAUAUUCAUUUGGAGCCCGGUACGCCGCCAGAGAUUUGUUUUGCACCAAAACCGGAGGUGCGUCGCCACUCUGUGGUCGAGCAAAUGGAAAGAACUUUAGAAAAGAAUCUCCAGCAAGGCCCAACCAAGGUGCUACCAAUGUCAGUGCCCACUCUCACACCUGGCCCGUCACCUCAAGCACCUAGAACACUUUCGACUGCCUACAAACCACCGCCGCCAGUUAUACCCACGAAAUUGACCGUUGGGCAAUCUUAUGAGAGUGAUUAUGAGAGCGAUCGUUGGAAGUAUAGUGGCAGCGAAUCGGAUGAGGCAUCAUUCCGACCGGUUGGUAAAAGCGUUACGGAUGGUUCGGCUGUUUCGGUACCGAUCGCGCCUACAACUCAUCACUCAUUCAAGACAAGUGGCUAUGCUGCAGAUACCGAGGAGAUUUCUAGUUUUCGCAAAAUGGAAUCUACACAACAGGAAAGUCGUUCAUUUUAUGAGUCUACCUCCAGUUCAAAAGCUACUCAACACCAAGUGACGCAUACGCCGCCAGCGCCAAUGCCUUCAGCGCCAUUCAAGACACCACCACAGCAGCAAUAUGUACCACAACCGGCAACAAAGCCAGCACCAGCGCAACCAGUCUAUCAUUCACCGCAAUUGGAGAAGCAAGCACCGGCACAGCUCUACUACACAAGCAAGCAAGAAGGUGGUCACGAGAAACAGGAGUACUCGGACAAAAAUGAGUACAGGCGAGAGGAGAAGGAUUAUAAGAGCAUGUCCAGCAUAAGCAGCAGCUAUUAUAAGGCCUCCAACAUAAGCAAUGUCAGCAAUAUUGGUGCACCAAAAUAUCAACCAGCACCUGCGAAGAUGCCAACACCAACUCCAAUUCACACAGCAGCGCCCAUCCCAGCUCAGCGCAAAACUCCAGCAGAGUUCAGUGACUACAGCAGUGAGGUAGAGGAGCGUUUCCGUUCUGUCUCACGCACCCAAGAAUCUGACGCCGACAUCAAAGGUUACCGUGUGGUAUUUCCACCAACGCCCACACCAAAGUCUAACCUGACAAAUGGGCAUAAAUCCCCCAUAGUUGUGGUGACACCAUCACCAAUGGAGUUCGAGCCAGCACCACCUGCGGUGAGCACCUAUCCACGUCAGAAGUUUGAACCAAUCAAAAAGGAAAUACGUCAUGAAAUCAAGACCGAGUCCCAGGAACAAAAACAACACUUCCAACAACAAAAAACACAAAAACAGCAAUAUCAGCAACAAACGGUGUACAAACCAAAACCAGUAGCCGCCAAGUUCAUUGCCGCUACGCAGCAGCAACAAGAGCAACAGCAACAGCAAGCGACGCGUACGCAACCAGCGCUCUAUUACAAUGCCAUAGCCGGCACACCGUUGCAUAUGGCCAAAAUGGCCACUGAGACGAAAAAUGUCAUGCAUAUGAAAGAAUCAUCUGAAACUUGCCAGCGUGUGGUGAACAUGCAGCAGACGAAGCGCGUCAUACACUUUGACAGUCAGAAGGAACAGCAGGAGCGUCAAGAGAGCACACCACUCGAGCCGUUCCCUUACAGCCCAACGCCCAGCCGUUUCACACCGACACGCCAGACACGUGCGCCGCCGCCACCUACGCCGACCAAGUUCGUGCCAGGCGAGUUCCGCGAAAGCGAUUACGACAGUGAAAUAGAAAAUGCAAAAAUACGUCCACUCUGGACACCACAAGGCGAAUACGGUCCGCUACGUUUCAGACAUGUCGAGCCGCCACAUACUGGACGUGCUUGUAGCGUGCCACGCGCAUACGAACGUGUGCUCUCGCCUAUGGAAUUCGAUCGUGGUCCAGAAAUGCCUCAGAAGAUAAAGAUCGAUCCGAAUGAAUUGCGUACACAGCGUGGCAGCAGUCUCAGCACUGGCGCUACCAGUAAUCAGCGAACACAAUCCUUGAAUCGCCACGCAUCUAUGCAGAGCAGCAGCAGCAGCAGCUAUCAGCAGCGAUUUCAAACAUUGCAACGCGAUCACACUGUAGCCGAAACACGAUUUCCGCGUGACGAUAUGAACUUGAAGGUGGGCUCGCCGCCCAAAUACGGUUAUAUACAAUCGCAUAUCGAUCAGCAGGGCAAGCAGAUGAGCUCUACUUUCUUGCAAAAAUCGCAGCAGUUCAUCAAGGAUAUCAGCAGUGAUCUGCACAGGAAGACUAGCAAGACAACUAAGUUGUAUAAUGGCGAUGCCGAACCGAAGGUGGUUACGCACUCUUUCCGGCCUGGUUUCAAGCGGGCACCCAGCGAGGGUGACAACAAACCCCAAGCCUAUCGCGAUGAGUCGCGCAUCUCGCAAUACGGUACGAAAUGCGUCGAUCCCAACACCGGUCUAAUUUACUUCAAAUACGAUUUUGGCUAUGAGUUCGGUAUACUCUUUCCGGGCGAGGGCCACAAGUUUGUAAGCAGUCAAUGGAAUAGCUCGUCAUCGGCACUGCCACCGCGUCCCUCAUCUGUCACACCCACGCAUCAGAUACAAGCUGGCGCAGGUCGAAAAUCACCGUAUCCUUUAAAUUUUGCCAGUGGCGGUGAUCUCGUCAUACCAGUACAACAUGAACGUACCACCACGCCUACACCGACUCAUCUUAGCGCGCCGUAUGCGCGGCCACCAUCACAGAGUGGCUAUCAUUCUGAUACCACCACAGUCAGUCGUCGUCGUAGUCCAGCGCCAGGAGCGCGCGCCAGUACAAGUGGUGUGCAUAGACUUCAGAAACGUUAUAGUCUGCCAAAUACACAGGUUAUCGAUAUAAAUAUCGAUCAUCUUCAUGCCAACGAUCAAUUGACACGUCUACCACUUAUACGUUCAGUACCAGAUUUGCCAUCGGAUGUUCCUGUGAACGCACAUCUAAAUCGGGAUGAUUAUCCUAAGAGAGCGCCGCAAUUUAUAACGCCGCUCAAAGAAUACGCUGUCAUGGUCGGCCAAAGUGCUCGCUUCGAAUGCAUCGUACAAUCACAACCACCAUCGAAUGUAAUAUGGGGCCGCAACGGCGUUGAAUUGCAGAACAGUCCCAAAAUUGUUAUUGAAUAUCGAAAUGGUGUCUGCCGUUUGACCAUACCACAAGCAUAUCCGGAUGAUGCCGGUGUUUAUUCCUGUACCGCCACGAAUCCCUUAGGCACGGCCACCACUUCCGGACAACUGCUCGUGCAAACCAAACGUUUAUGAAUAAAUUUUGCCAAAUGAAAUGAAGAAGUUUGGAGCUAAUUUGACAUAGGCAUGUAAAAAUCUAGGAUCAAUGCGGAAUGUCUUAAACUUUUCAAAUGUUUCAUGUGUUUAUAGAAGUUUUUGAAAAAAAAAAUGUUCAAGGGCGCUUAAAUUUGAUAUUAUUAAUUGCUCUGCAUACAUGCAUACAAACAUACAUACAUGCACGUGAAUAUGCCAUACAUGAUAAAACAGUUCAGAAUAAUAUUGUUUGUAUGUAUGUACAUAUGUAUGUACUCGUAUCUACGUAUAGAAAACGAAAUUUUUCGAGUUAUUGGGAUAUUACGACUACUCGAACUGAGUCCUGUUGCAAAAAAAAAAAUUUUUACUAAAAUACUCAUCUGUUCAAUGCAUUGUGAGCAAAGAAGCUAUUACGGAACUAUUAGGCCGAAUUUUGAAAAAUGUAUUUAUGUGCCGAAAUUGUCAUUGUUUAUGCUUAUAUAACAAUAGUAUUACAUGUGUUUUUAUGAUUAUGAUUAUUAUUUGAAUAAAUUAUUCGUGGAACUUUCUUUUGAAGAAAAAUU